AUGUCGAAAUCACACCAUGUUAGAAGAGGAGAAGACAUUCCAAGAAAGAAGCCAAAUAAGCAAGCUCGGUAUCCCGCUGAAAGCAGCUGUCAUGUACACACUGACAGUAAAAUAACAUCGUUCUGUAAAUCGCACAACCAAUUAUGCUGUGACCAGUGUGUGAUUCUGGGGCAUAAAGUUUGCACUGAUGUAAAGUCAAUCGGCGAUUAUUCCCAACAAUUCGUGAACAGCGAAGACUAUAAAAAGGCUGUACAGAUAAUUAAGAGUUUACAAUCAGCAUACACCGCGAAAAAGAAAGAGGCAAACAUGAAUCUUGAGGAAGUUGACCUUUAUUACCACAAGGCAAUGGAGACGUUCAAAGUAGAACUUGACAAAAUCAAGAUGUCAGAUAUAAGAACAUUAAAGGCUGUGGUCUCUACAUAUGACAGUGUUCUUGGUCAGCUUGGUUCCUGGUCCGAAAGUAUCGACACGUAUAAAAACAACAAUCAGGACAAUGAACUCGCCAUCUUGGUGUUGCGGUCCAUAAAAGAUGUUGAUACGAUCAAAGAUAAUAUUCAAAGGUUAUGUAACGACGACAGUUUUGUCAGAUAUGGCUUCGUGACAGAUGAAACAUCACUGCUUCGUCUAGACAAAGCACCUUUUCUUGUUCAGACUAUUACUGUAAAGGAUGAAAGUGACGAAAAGAAAUGUAAAAUCACAGACAUUGCCUUGUUACGAGAUGACCUGGUCUUAUUAGCGGAUUACACCAAUUUAAAACUAUAG